GCUUCAGCUUCUGUGAAGACUUCUCUCAAAUCGUCCUCCAUCAAGAUGUUUUAUAGUGUGGUAGUAGUUCUGGCAGUGGCUGGCGUUGCUUUGUCGGACCCUGAGGCUGAUGGAGGCUACGGACACGGAGGAGGAAAACACGGCUACGGAGAACCUCUGCCGUACUACUACGGGUACCACGUGAGCGGUGACUACAAGGGACCCCACUUCCAUCAUGAUGAGAAGUCUGACGGAAAGGCUGUUUACGGAUCGUACACCGUCGCUCUCCCCGACGGACGCAAGCAGCAUGUAAAAUAUUCAGCCGACCACUACAAAGGCUUCGUCGCCCACGUCAGCUACAAAGGGAAGGCUCAACACCCAUCCUACUACGGACCUGCCGUCGUUUUCGAUCACAAGGGAGGCUACCACUGAUACACCAUACUUCUCCCACUGAAUUACUUCCUCACGAACCGCCACUAGUGCUUUUGUAAUUAGCUGUCCUUCAUCUACGCCUGGUAAUAACAAGGCUUACUUACCGACAGUAACCUUCCCUUGAAAUGUUUCCCUCGUGUCUUUGUUGGCUCUCUCAUCCUACAGUGUAUUUUGCUUAAGUCUUUGCCUCGCUGACUGGAACCUGUGAUACGAUUUCCUGUUGCAACUUGUGUCAAUAAUCAUCUCAUUCGCUGGCAUUUUUAUUACGUUUUCUAUUUGUGUUCUAUAAUUUGUUAUAAUUCCUUCAAAUACUGUUCCUGUAACUUAGGCAGACACUCUUCACUCCAGCCUAACUGGUGUUUCAUGGAUAUCUCGGGCCUCAAUUCUUUGAUCAUCUCUGGCAUUCACAAUUUUAUUUCCUAAUACACCUUGUGCUCCUAUACACCUAAGAUUACAGUAUUAUGAACUUGCGUCCAACCUAACCAAAGUAAGAUACAAACUAACCACAGUCUACCGAUCGCCUUGAAUAU